AGAUGCUACACCUUCUGUGAACGACCUCAUACAGUCUCUACGGAGGACACAGAUCCGCCAGCUGUUAUCGCAGCCAGAGACGCCUGCCCCCCGGCCUCGAGCGAGAGAUCGCCGACGCUUUGAUAUAAAUGGGAGACGUAUUCCACCCGGGCCAGCACCGCCAAGGAGCUGGCUAGAAGGGCCCAACAAUACGCCGAUUAAGGCGAGGAGCAGGACGGACGAACGUGUGUACCCGCACGACGUGGAACAUCUGCCUGGGGUUGGGUUCCAAAAUGCUCGGGGCGAGGAGCGUUCGAAACUGCGGGGUACCGUAGAUGGUUCAGUAUCUUUCUCUACACCGCAGCGCGGAGGGAGAAGUCUACAGGAUAUGUGUUUGCGGAGAAUGGCCAGUGACUGGGAAUUUCUAAAGCAGUACGAAAGGCAUAACUUGGCUUACUUGCCAACUGGAGUACGCAUGCUGCUCUUGAGUUAUAUCGCCGUGUAUGGACCCGAGGAAGGAGUGGGAUUUGAAGCGCUGAAGCAUUUGCUAAUGCCACCAAACGACGAGGAUGAUGAGAUGUACGACCCAGGAGAGAAUAACGAUAGCUUCGUCAGACUAGACCUUUCCGGCUCCGCAGGCCGCUCUGUAUCAUUCAAACAACUGACCGAACUGGUCGAGAAACCGACACGGGUAGCAGAGGAAAAUGCUGAUUCCUGGGAGGAGAGCUUCACGCGGUCUCUCAGCCCUCCCAUACCUCACCUAACGCACCUCUCACUCUCGCAUCCACCGUCAACCAUCUCCUGGCCGCGCCUCCUAUCCUUCGCAAAGCACGUCCCAACACUCACUCAUCUGUCCUUGGCAUAUUGGCCCGUCCCCGCCCUGACGCCAAAUUCCACGACUGCAGUAAUGUCCUCUAGCUACGGCAAGGACGUACAGUACGGGGGCACGAAUUACUAUUCCCAUUCCAUCGAUGCGGAUUUCCGGGAGGCCGCUGCUAUCCUACGGAGACUAGCUACCACUCUCUACGGCCUCGAAUACCUCGACCUCACGGCAUGCUCCUCCUGGCUCCCAGCCCUGCACUGGAAAGGCGACGGCGAGACCGGCAUAGAGUGGGCCUUACACUGGCCCAAGCUUUGCGUGCUGCGCGUCUUCUCCGACCUCUCCCUGUCUGCAGACAGCGAGUUCGUAGAUGUCGCUACUUAUGUUGAGGCGUGCGCGGCGCAACUACGGCUCGAGAGCGCUAUUAUGGUGAUGCGUAGACCGAGGAAUGGCAAGGGCAAAGGAGGCGGGAGGGGGAGAUGGGUAGAUGUCCAGCGGGAUGAUGGAGCUGUGUAUGAUGGGUUAUGGAAGGGUGCUAGGGAGGGCGAAGAGAGAAGGAAGAGGAGAUUGUUAGAUACGUUAAAGGAGAUGGAGAGGGGCGUUAGGAUCCGCGGUUCUGAAGAGGACGCUGAAAUCACGGCGCUGGGAGAUGGAGGGCAUGGGAAUGCCUGGGAAGAGUGAUCAUUAUAACGUUGCUAUUCUCUCGUUGAUAUAGGUAUACACCCUAAGCUUCCCAAGCCUCUUAAAACCUACUCUGUCAUCGCGCUUUCUAUCCACAGAACAUCUGCGAUAUAAUAAGCAGGGCGGAAGAGGACGCGAGCUGCGAUCUAGAAAAAGUCGCAUAUAUAGAAAUCUAACCCUCUGUUCACUGAUCUAUUUCCUAAACACCGGAUUUGAAGCGUGGAUAGUCGGUUAGGCAGGUAGUAGGGGGGAUUCCGUAGUGAG